AUCACUUAAAUGGGUGGGAAAAACCCAUAAAGAAAACACAAUAUUUCAUACCAUUUUUAUUACCUCUUAUUUUGUCCAUAUCAUUAAACCAGGGCCAAGGUACACAGUAUAAUACUAAGGGUUUGGUAAGAAAAUUUGAAAAAUACUCCUACUAGUGAUUGCGGCUGCGGCUACGGCCACAAUCACAGCCACAACAACGAUAACGAUAACGACAACAAUCGAAAACCGAAAAAGUUAUGUGCCCGGCAAAUGAAUCCGGAGCGACAAUUGUUAGUGACCCGUUAAUUCAAACUGAUGUUGAAGAAAAAGGUGUAGAAUGUGAUAUGAUUAACCGCGAUAAUCAAAGAAUUCUUCAUGGUAUUUUGCAUCGUCUUCCAUUAACAGAGUUAUCAGAGGAUAUGAGAUCACUAGGGAAGAUAGUCUGUCCUAUAACAACAAUGACUCUGUUACUCCACUCAAAAUCAGUGAUCUCCAUGUUGUUUCUUGGCCAUUUAGGCGAUGCUCAAUUAGCCGGAGGAGCAUUGGCAAUCAGUUUUGCUAACAUUACUGGUUUUUCAGUCAUAAAAGGUAUGAGUAUGGGUAUGGAACCCAUUUGCUGCCAAGCAUUUGGGGCUAAAAAACUCUCGGUUAUAAGCCAAACUUUCCAAAAAACACUCUGCAUUCUGCUCUUUACCGCGAUUUUAAUCUCCAUUCUUUGGUUAAACAUGGAACCGAUCCUAUUAUUUCUCGGGCAAGACAAAGCCAUCAUAGAUGUUGCCAAACUUUACUUGAAAUUUUCGAUUCCUGAACUUAUAGCUCAAGUUCAUCUUCACCCUUUAAGGUCAUUCCUUAGAUCACAAUGCAUAACAAAACCUUUGACAAUUGCAACAAUGCUAUGCUUAUUUCUACACCUUCCGAUCAAUUACUUACUCGUAAAUUAUCUCAAAUUGGGAGUUAAAGGGGUAGCAAUUGCAUCAGCGUGCAAUACUAUAAACUUAGACAUGAGUAUUUUGGUCUACCUUUUAUGCUCGAAUAUGGAGCCAAAACCAUGGAGUGGGCUAACGAUUUCCUCCCCGUUUCAAGGGUGGAAAACAGUUCUAAACUUAGCGAUUCCAAGUGUUUUAGCAGUGUGCUUAGAAUGGUGGUGGUACGAAAUUAUGUUAUUCUUAUGUGGGUUGUUGGAAAACCCUAAGGCGAGCGUAGCAGCAAUGGGGAUACUUAUACAAACAACCGGGCUUUUGUAUGUGUUCCCACAUGCUCUUAGCAUGGGCUUAUCAACCCGAAUAGGGCAUGAACUCGGGGCAAGUCAACCCAUUAAGGCACAAAGAUUGGCUGUACUUGGGUUAGUAUUGGCCUUAACUUUAGGGGUUACUGCAUUUGGGUUAACUCUAGGGGUGAAAUCAGUUUGGGGGAAAAUUUACACUUCAGAUCAUGAUAUACUGUCCUUAAUUACAUGUGCACUUCCUGUUUUGGGAUUCUGUGAAAUAGGGAAUUGUCCCCAAACAGCAGCUUGUGGGGUAUUAACAGGGUCUGCAAGGACUAAACUCGGAGCAAAGAUUAAUUUUAUCGCGUUCUAUUUGGUUGGUUUGCCUAUAGCUGUGGCUUUCGCCUUUUGGGUUAAGACGGGCUUUAUUGGGUUGUGGUUUGGACUCGCAGCAGCUCAAGCCGCGUGUAUGUGUAUGAUGAUUUACACCUUGAUAACUACUGAUUGGAAACAUCAGGCUAAAAGGUCUGAGGAGUUAACCCAAAAUGCUGACCAAACUGAGGAUUUGGAAACUGCCUUGUUAUCUUGAGAGUUUUGAUUAUUAGUCAUGGGAAGUAAAUAUAUGACAAUUUCUCUUAAUUUUGGGUGGAAUUUUUUUACAUUAUUUAAUUUGGAGGAAAUCAACCAAAGAACGGUAAGCAGAAAAAUUAAAAAGAAUAACAAUGGCUGUUAUAGAUUUGAUUAUACAAAUUUAAUACUAACAUUUUGUACAUGUAAAUACAGCGUUAUUCAUCAUAUUUUGCUCCUCCAACAGAGAAGGGAGUCUAUACCAUCUCUGCCAUUUAUGAUUGAGUAU